AUGUCAGAACGUGUCACUACCCCUGACGGUUCUGUGGCCGGCUUUCUGGCCACGGCUGGGCCUGUGCCCGCGCAGCUGCCGUCGCAGCAGAGCGUCGUCGUGCCCGUGAAGAAUGCGAAAUCAUGGUCUCACAUGGUAGCCGGAGCUGUCGGCAGUCUGGCGGCCGCGACCGCGACCGCGCCGUUCGACGUCAUCCGGACACGGCUCCAGUCGGACUUUUACCAGCAGCAGCAGCGAGCGCGAGCAGCAGCAACAGCCGCAGCCGCAGCAGCCCAGGCCGGCCGCAGCAGUGCUGCCGCGAUGGUGCCGCCGUCGACGGCCAACCCGCUGCGCGCCAUGGGCCGCCACCUCGGCGAGACGAUGCAAAUCUUUGCGUCCGUGCAGCGCAACGAGGGCUGGCGCGCGCUGUUCAAAGGCCUGGGACCCACGCUCGUCGGCACGGUGCCGGCCAAGUCCAUCAACUUUUAUGCGUACGGCAACGGCAAGCGGCUGCUGGCCGAGGCCGCUGAUGUCAGCCAGGACACGCCCUGGGUGCAGCUGGGCGCCGGCAUCGUGGCUGGCCUGGCCACGUCGACGGCAACGAACCCGAUCUGGCUGAUCAAGACCCGACUGCAGCUGGACCGAGAGGGCCCGACAGCUUCUCCCAGCUCGACCCACCGCCGCUACCGAAACUCUCUCGACUGCGUCCGCCAGGUCGUCCGCCAGGAAGGCGUCCGCGGCCUCUACAAAGGCAUGACGGCCAGCUAUCUCGGCGCGGCCGAGUCGACCCUCCACUGGCUGCUCUACGAACAGCUCAAGCGCGGACUCGCUCGCCGCCAGACCGCCGCCGCUGCUGCUCGCCCUCCAGACGCCUGGGAUCGCUUCGUCGAGUGGACCGGUCCCCUCGCCGCUGCCAGCGCUGCUAAGCUGUGCGCUACCCUCCUGACUUACCCCCAUGAGGUCGUGCGCACGCGCCUGCGACAGGCUCCCGCUGCUGACGGCCGCCGCAAGUACACCGGCCUCGUUCAGUGCUUCUUGCGCGUCUGGCGUGAAGAGCACAUCGCCGGCCUCUAUGGCGGCCUCACACCACAUCUGCUGCGCACCGUCCCGGCUGCCGGCAUCACCUUUGGCAUCUACGAGAUCGUCCUCAAGCUGCUGAACGCACCAGAGUGA